AGGGGAAGGGCUGCGCGAACGGCUUUGGCUGCCAGGCAGUUUUGAAGCAACCGGCAACCCUGCUUGGUCACCGCAAAGGAACGCCACAAUGGCGACCCGGACAAUGCAAGCAGCGCGAUGUCCAACAGAUGAGUUGUCAUUGACCAAUUGUGCUGUUGUGAAUGAAAAGGAUUUCCAAACAGGCCAUCAUGUAAUUGUGAAAACUAGUCCGAACCAUAAAUUCGUCUUCACGGUGAAAAGUCAUGCCUCUGUGCUUCCAGGGAGCAUUGCCUUCAGUCUGCCACAGCGAAAAUGGGUGGGUCUCUCCAUUGGUCAGGAAGUGGAAGUAUCCUCCUAUGUCUUUGACAAAACAAAGCAGUGUAUUGGAACCAUGAUGAUUGAGAUUGACUUCCUGCAGAAAAAGAGUGUGGACUCAAACCCAUAUGACACUGAUAAGAUGGCAGCUGAGUUCAUUCAACAGUUCAACAACCAGGCGUUUUCCACAGGCCAGCAGCUUGUGUUCAGUUUUAAUGACAAGCUUUUUGGAUUACUGGUGAAAGAUAUUGAAGCAAUGGACCCCAGCAUUCUGAAGGGAGAGCAAGCCUCUGGCAAACGACAGAAGAUCGAACUUGGCCUGGCCAUAGCCAAUUCCCAGGUUAUAUUUGAAAAGUCUGAUAGUUCAUCUCUAAAUCUCAUUGGUAAAUCUAAAACCAAACAAGGAAGACAGUCCAUCAUUAACCCAGACUGGAACUUUGAGAAAAUGGGAAUUGGUGGCCUUGACAAAGAGUUUUCCGAUAUUUUUCGCCGAGCAUUUGCUUCCAGAGUGUUUCCUGUAGACCUUGUGGAACAGAUGGGUUGUAAACACGUGAAAGGUAUUCUGCUCUAUGGCCCACCAGGAUGUGGGAAAACCUUAAUGGCCCGGCAAAUUGGGAAAAUGUUGAAUGCUCGAGAACCCAAGGUUGUAAAUGGCCCUGAAAUCCUCAACAAAUAUGUGGGUGAAUCUGAAGCAAACAUCCGUAAACUCUUUGCGGAUGCAGAGGAAGAGCAGAGGCGGCUUGGGGCAAACAGCGGCCUACACAUCAUCAUAUUUGAUGAAAUAGAUGCCAUUUGCAAGCAGAGGGGGACCAUGGCAGGCAGCACGGGUGUGCAUGACACAGUUGUCAAUCAGUUGCUUUCGAAAAUAGAUGGAGUGGAGCAACUGAAUAACAUCCUUGUUAUAGGAAUGACAAACCGACCAGACUUGAUUGAUGAAGCUCUCCUUCGACCUGGCCGAUUGGAAGUUAAAAUGGAAAUUGGCUUGCCAGAUGAGAAGGGGAGAGUACAAAUUCUGAAUAUUCAUACAGCAAGAAUGCGAGAGCACAAUCUGCUGAAUGAUGAUGUUGAUGUUCUUGAACUCGCCCAAGAGACAAAGAAUUUCAGUGGUGCUGAGUUGGAGGGGUUAGUGAGAGCUGCUCAGUCAACGGCAAUGAACCGACACAUAAAGGCAGCAACCAAAGUGGAAGUUGACAUGGAAAAAGCUGAGAAACUGCAAGUGAUGAGGGGAGACUUCUUAACAUCUCUGGAGAAUGAUAUAAAACCUGCUUUUGGCAUAAACCAGGAAGAUUAUGACAGCUACAUCAUGAAUGGAAUCAUUGUGUGGGGCGAUCCUGUCACACGGGCCCUUGAUGAUGGAGAGUUGCUUGUCCAGCAAACUAAGAACAGUGAUCGCACCCCACUGGUCAGUGUCCUGUUGGAAGGACCUCCAAACAGCGGCAAGACUGCAUUGGCUGCAAAGAUUGCAGAGAAGUCUGGCUUUCCAUUCAUUAAGAUUUGCUCUCCUGAUAAGAUGAUUGGAUUCUCUGAAACAGCGAAAUGCCAGGCCAUUAAAAAGAUCUUUGAGGAUGCAUACAAGUCUCAACUGAGCUGUGUUGUGGUUGAUGACAUUGAGCGACUGCUAGAUUAUGUUCCAAUUGGCCCACGCUUCUCAAACCUGGUACUUCAAGCACUACUGGUCCUGCUGAAGAAGUCAUCUCCUCAUGGCCGUAAGUUGUUGAUCAUUGGAACGACCAGUCGUAAAGAUGUUCUUCAAGAGAUGGAGAUGAUGGACGUUUUCAGUACCAGCAUCCAUAUUCCAAACAUAAGCACAGGGCAACAGUUGAUGGAAGCUUUAGAGCUUCUUGGCAGGUUUGAUGAUCGCGAACGAGCAAGGAUCACGCAGCAUGUGAAGGGAAACAAUGUAUGGAUUGGUAUUAAGAAAUUGAUGAUGAUAAUUGAGAUGUCACUGCAGAUGGGGCCUGAACACCGUGUGAACAAAUUUCUAGCACUGCUAAAAGAAGAAGGAAGUGAUCCUCAUCGCCGGAAUAAUUGGGAUUAGAAAGAGAAAUCACUCUUUCGAUGGGCACUGUGAAUUGCAACCAACAAAUGAAGCACCAACUUGACAAUUUAACUUGGAAAAAUGAAUCUUCAGUCUGAAACUUAACAUUUUGCAUGUUCCUUGCAGAGACAAUUCUCUUAUGUUUUAACUUAAAAAAAAGACAUCUGCAUUCUUGGUUUUACUAGGGUUUAAUGUGAGAAAUUUACAAGAUUCUUUUCAGGGAUGUUUUCAUUUGUUAGUAUACAGAGCUGUUUCAGUCACCUUCCCUUCUGCUUACCCCCAAUCCCCUCAAAUAAAAUUGAGUAUUAUAUCAUAAAAUUUCACAGAUUAGGAACGGAGUGGCAUUGAGAUAAAGUCCCAACCAGCAUCAUUGUUUUGGAACCCUAGAAUGUGUUGGUUUGGUCUGUACAAAGAAUCCAAAAAUAAAUUGCUCUAUAAGAACUGAAGAUAGUGGAAAUCUUGCAACAGGGUUUUGCACAUAUUGUCACACAUGUAAAUGGGGAUUAGUUGCAUUUGGGAUAUGCUAUAACUGGGCAAGUCUUGUAUCAGCUGUGCAGGGACCACUUGAACUUCAUUUGAUUGUUACUUUUGAAUUUUUUUUAGAUGCCGUUUAUACUUAAUGCAGGUCAGGAUUUUUGAGUUUUAUGCAUUUUAAAUACUGAUGUUGGAAUGGCUUCUUACACUGUGCAAAUAUUUACUGAACCUCCCAUCUGUGUAUCUCAAAAGAAUCUGAAUGCCUACACCAUGUUGAUUUUUUAAAAAAAUCACAAUUAAAUCUUUCUCUUCGAUGAAUUCUCUUAAUGUACAAAAUAUACCUAAGUCUGAUGUUUGGCAUUUUGUGCUCGUUUUUUUAAAAUACUUUGUUGAAUUGCAGUAAAUCAUCAUUUUCUUCUGUUUCUUUGACUACUGUGUCAAAUGCUUUCGAGGCAUGGCCCUUAUUGCCAGCUGUCAUUUUCUGUAAUCCUGCUUUUCAGUGGAAUCACUAGUUAACAAAAAUUGGGUUUGUACAAAUCUUAGUCCUGGAAGUAAUGCUCAUAUUUUCUAACCACUUAGUCUUAAAGCUCCUGUGGAUAAGAGAGAUUUGAAGGAAAUUGCAACCGGUACAACCUAAGAAAUGUACUGAACAGAGUCUAAUUUUAUUUUGAUUCCCUGUGGUUUGGGGAGCUGAUGUGAUGUAAAAAUGGUUCAUUGCUCUUUUUAAUGAUCAUCUGUAAUAGUGUUACAACAAUGUUCUCCUUGCAGCAGAGAAGCCAAAGAGAUUUAAUUUAUGAAGGGUUUUAAAUGACUGAAGGGUUAAUAAGAGAAUACAGAAAUAUGAAUGGGGUACGAAUCUGAAAGAUGACAUGAGGAAAGCCAUAUUUCUGCCGUGAGUAGGUAAGAUUUGGAAGGCACAACAUGAUGUGGAUACAGAUUAAUUAGUAGCCAGUAGGACCUGAAUAGUUAGUAAACAUAUUCUUAGUAUAUUUUAAAUGCCUUACUAUAUGAGAUUUUUCAAACUGGAUUCUGAAAUGGCCAGUGAUGCUUGAGAAGGUUCGAUAUUCUCCAAAACCCCUCAGAAAUGACACCAGAUAAGCCAGCCCUCAGCCCAACAAGUAAAUGUUAGAGUUUCUUCUGCAGCCUAAUGCCAUAGACCAGAUAAGAAUAUAAUUGGAAAGAUAAAUCGCUAAUAGUGGCAUGACUUUCUUUGCAAAUUAAGUUUUAACUGGAAAUAAUUAUAUAGAUAUAAUGUGAAUACUGUAGAAAUGUGCCACUGCAUUUCAGCAAUUCUUCUGUGCAACAUGAAGAGUCCACUAUUUGUUUAUUCACAUCCAAGAAUGGCCACUGUUACACUUGCAUGAACUGAUGACCAUCCAAGGAGCUGUCAGUACCAGGUAGUCAGGGAUCCAACAAAGCAAUUAAGUAUGGUAUCUGAAGUGGAAAGAAAACAGUAUUCAGAAAUAACAGAUGAAAUGAUUCCUAUGUUAUAUAUAUAGUGUGUAUUGUAGCUUUGUUAUAUGGGAAAAGAAGAGGAGCAUAGAUCAACUCCUCAGUAAUGUUCAGUAGGUUCAGUGUGCCGAAUGGAUUUCCUCUAUUCCGCACUGUCCAAUUCCAAAAUUCCAGCAACCUUUUAAGUGUAUCAAAGGCUACUUGUGAAACCAAGGUUUAAGGAAUAAGGGCAUUUUAAUUUUGUCUGUCUUGCUUAACUAAUCAUAUAUUUUUUCUCCAUUAUGAAACAUUAUCUGACUAACUUGCUACUGUUAAAAUACAUGUUGGUCUAUUUAUCUAUCUGUAACUAAACUACUUAGAAGAACAUUAACAGGACUGUAGAAAUCUUUCUUAUCAAUGUAGCCUUCCCCUUUCCCUCUUCACAUCACCAUUGGUUUCCAACAUUAAUAGCAACCUGAUGGAAUACUGCUCUGGAGAACGUUCAGACUCCAGUUACUUAAAGACCUUUCUGAGAAAAUCAGUUGAUGGGUAUCUUCUCAUUUUAUCAUUGCUCCAUGGCCAUAUAUCUUCAUGUACAAGAUCUGAGAUUUGCAGUUUUCUAAACAUCAUAGGCAAUGUGAGUGAAUGUAGUCAAAAAUUAAGACUUCAGGAGUACAGUGUGUAGGCAGUUAACAGUGUUAAUAGAUGCUAGCAAAAUGCAAAAAUUAGGCAAGCACAUUUCUAGAACAUUUCUGAAAUUCUGUCUUUAAUCUGUUGAAAUUCUUCUUCCUUUAAAUAUCAAUUUUGGGAAAGUUAUGGAAAUGUUCAAACCAAAACCUGAAAUGCAGAUGUCUACUGAUAAAUGUUUUGACGUCUUGUUUGGGAAUGAAACUUACCUCCAGUACUGUAUUUAUUUCUGUGCUGUUUACAAUGUGUAAGUAUUCAAGAGAAUUAAAUGAAAUCCAAGCUUUUCUGUGUUGGCUUUCUAAUGGGUAGUUGAUAGCUGUGAUCUAUUUGUAUGGAAUAACGGGUAUAAUUCCAUUAUGAUCAUACCCUGAUAUUCUUUGUUCAUCUGUGCUGGCCCCAUCUCCUGAAUCAUAAUGAAUACUGUUCUGGUGUGAUGUAAAUCUUUUUACAGUGAAAGUGUACUCUUUAAUGUAUUGUAUUUAAAUGAAGCUUUAAUGAUGUAGUAAUCAUGCAGAUGGCAGACUUCAUUGGGUACCUUUAUGAUGUGUAAUUA